AUGGGAAAAUCUUCGGUGAUAGUUUGCUUUGACGUGAGGUCUGAGAAGUUCAGCUUUAUUAACUUGGAUAAGGACAUGGAACGAUAUGACCCUUUUUGUAAUGGGUAUGCAUGUGGUUACUUGACUUUGUUCAACUACAAAGGUAAAUUAGGUAUACGUCAGAAUACAAGAAAGGAUAAUAUUCCACUUGUGUUGUGGGUUAUAGAAGAUGCUCAAAGAUAUAAAUGGUUCAAGCAGGCCUACGAAUUGCCUCCUUUGAUCAGACGGAAAUGGUUUGUAGGAAUGACUGGCGCUGGUGAAAUCGUGUGGUACUGGCCUUGCUGCUUUUACUUGUACAAUCUCGAGAGGGAAACUUGUACAAGAGUCAAUAUUCAGGGAUUUGAAGAGCUCGAGCAUCGUCGUACUACUCACAUCUUUGUAGACUAUGUGGAGAAUCUCAAGUUGAUGUAA